UGUCAUCUAUCACCUCUAAUUUCGUCUGUUUGCAUUUCUUAUUACUUGAUUUUAAUAUAUAUUAAAUAAUUCGAUAUUUUUAUUGGAAUGUUCUUGGAGUAGUACGAAAUAUUUAUAAUUUACUUAUAAAAUGAGUACCAUGGACGAAAUAGAAGAUGAGGCGAAAGCAGCUGCCGAAAAAAUGGUAAUGAAUAUGAUGCAGAGACCAGGACAGUUAGAAAAGGUAGAACAUUAUAAAAAAAGAAUAACUCAUAAGAAGGCAUCAAUAGAAGCUCAACUAAAAUCAGCUGUACAAGGCAAGCUGGAUGGAGUCAGUGUUGGUUUGAAACAGUUGCAAGAGUGCUUAGAAGAUGUGCAACAAGUCAGUCUGAAAAUGGAUGAACUGGAAGAGCUGUUAAAGAGUGUACCUCCCCUGGUAGCAUCCUUACAAGCAGUCAGGGAGGAAGAUUCUCGUCAUUCACAGUAUGUCACUGCUAUGGACAGUCUUAAACACAUAUUCACUGUACCAGAGAGUGUGGCUAAAACUAAACAAUGGAUAGGAGAAGGCAAACUUCUGCAUGCACAUCAAUGUUUAAAUGAUUUGGAAAACUCCAGGGAUGAUCUCCUAUAUGAACUGCAUAGAUUACCUAACCAAUCCUCACAUGAUAAAAUUAUGCUAAAAGCUUAUUUUGAAGAUGUUGAAAUGGUGUCCAAUUUGCUUGAGAAACAGAUAAAGCUGAUUUUAGCCAGAACUUUGAAUACAGUUCGUAAAGAACCCACAGUUAUUGUCACAGCCUUGAGAAUCAUAGAGAGGGAGGAGAAAAGGGACCAGAUGGCAUUACAGCAACAAAGUCAAACAGGAUUUAUGCCACCUGGCCGACCUAAAAACUGGCGCGCCAAAGCUUUCGAAGUUUUAGAAUGUGCAGUAGCACAGCGUAUAGAAGGCACACGCGUUGACGAGCGCGAGAAUAAUAAACUGUGGUUAGUACGAUAUCUCGAACUUACGAGACAACUCAUAUUAGAAGACUUACGAGUUGUCAAAACAUUAUGUGUACCUUGUUUUCCACCACAUUAUGAUAUUGUGAACAAAUAUGUCAACAUGUAUCACAUUUGUUUAUCUGCAAGUCUUCAAGAUGUAGUUACAGGUGGGAUAGAAGGCAAUGAAUAUGUUACACUUUUAUCCUGGGUAUUGAAUACAUACCCUGGAAAUGAACUAAUGGGCAGUUCAGAGCUGAAUAUUGAUGUGUCAACUUUACCACCUUUACUUAGUAAGGAAACAAUGCAAAAGUUACAAGAUGAAUACCUACAGAAAAUGGAAUCCAACUACAUGGAAUGGAUGGAGAAGACUUUGGAGUCAGAGCGAGCAGAGUGGGCAGGCCAGCGUGCACCUGAAGUGGAGUCGCAUUCUACCGCGUACCACACGCAUGCGCCCGUUAUCAUCUUCCAAAUGAUUGACCAGAACUUGCAGGUCACCGAAACUAUAAGCAAAGAAAUAACGUUUAAGGCGUUGCUCCUUAGUAUUGAUCAAGUUACGCGAUAUGGGAAUAUGUACAGGGAUGGAGUCAUACAAUUUAAGAACGCCCACUUCGCGGAUCGUUCGCGGGUGGCAUAUUUCACUCACCACAUGAUCACGAUCGUGAACAACAGCGAGCAGAUGGUACGGCUGGCGCAACAGACGCAGGCGCGCCACUGGCCCGCCGGCAGACACGACCCACCUGCCGAGGCCAAGUUCGAUAAGAUGCUUAACACCUUCCAGAAUUUAAGAGAUGAAGCUGCCCAAUUUCUUCUCGAGGAAGCGUUUCUUGACCUGGAAGUACACUUUGAUGACCUAUUUACAGCAAAAUGGUUGCCGUCCACCAUUCCUGUGGACACUAUUUGUAUAACACUCGACGAUUACUUCCAAGAUUACAAUCAUUUGAGAGACAAAAAUUUCGAGUAUGUUAUAAACGAAGCUCAAAACUUGGUGUAUAAGAAGUAUAUUACAGCAAUGUUGUCCAAGAAAGUGGCCUUUAAAAACGUGGAGGAAGCUCAGCAAGCUGCCACUAAAAUAGUCAAGGAGGCUAACCAAAUCAGAUCGUUCUUUAAGAAGAUAGCGCCAGAGGGUGUUAAUGUAGAUUGGCCCUUUGAAGUCAUCAGCAUGCUGGCAGAGGUACUGCGAUGUCAGGACGUGGAGAUGUUGUCCCUGGACCUGCACAGCGUGGUGGCGAAGUGCCCCGACAUGUCGGAGGAGCAGCUGGUGCGGCUGGUGUGGCUGCGCGGGGACGUGCCGCGCGCGCGCCUGCGCGACACCGUGGCCAUCGCGCGCGCCAGCCGGCCCCCGCCGCGCGCCAACUCGCACCCCUCACUCUUCAAACACAUCACCUUCAGCGACCGACUGCUCUCACACUUUAAUCUAUAGAACUUCCACCUCUUUACUACAGUACUACACAAGUAUAUUGUUUUUCACAUUUAAACUAUAUUUUAAUAUAAUAGAUAUUGUAAUACUGCUCAUGAAUAUGAUUUAGUUUGAAACUAGUCUAGUAACGUGAGUAAGACGUUAAACUAAAGUUACUUUUAAACUGUCAAACACCAAGCGGUCACCGGUGACCGCAACCUAUUGUUCUAUAAUUGUGUCUACAAAACCGGUACUCGACGAGUUAAUAUGUUUAUUAGUUAUAGAGUUAUAUUAGGAAUACGUAUAUUAUACUGUCUCCAGCAAAUAUACACUUCUGGACACAUCUAUUGGCCCACCUUGUAUUUUCAGUUUCGUUUGGUCCUAGCUAAAAUUUUAUAUUAGGUCGAGCAAGAAGUUUUUAUGCAGUUUUGAACCUGACACAUUCACAAUUUCAUUCAAUAGUCUUUUUUUUGGAUUUCUAACAAAGAAUAUAAAGCAACAAAAGACAAUUUGAAGCCUGUUUGUUGAAAUCAAACAAUCGAAUAUUUUUUUCGAAUUUUAUUGGUUUACUUGGAAUUAAUUCUUGAAAAAGUGAUUGAUAUCUUUAGUUUUACAACAAACAUUACUUAUUGUUAACAUUAAGGUGAGGUUCUAUCAAUAAUCUAUGGAUAUUUCACCUGAAGUCGCCGCCCAAGCUCAUCAGGCCGGACACAGCCAAAGAAAUGUGAGUGCUCAACUUAAUUUAAGUCGAUCUGCGGUCCGAAAUGUUUAUCGGAGGUACCUAGAGACUGGCGGCUUUGUUCGUCGCCAAGGAAGGCCACGAUCUCGGGUCACAACUGAAAAGCAGGAUCGAUUCAUCGCGACGACCAGCUUGUGAAAUCGUCACCUUACGUCCAUUGAGAUACAAAACCAACUUCCACGGAGUAUCUGUGAGCGCUCGAACUGUUCGGAGAAGGUUAAAAGAACACGAUGUGGUACCACACAAGCCAGCUAAUGGGCCCAAACUAACGCGAGCCCACCGAACAGCGCGCCUUCAUUUCGCACGCAGUCAUUAAAAUUGGACACAGCAAGAUUCUCUUUUAUGAGUCUAAAAUUGUGUGACAUGGCAAUGAUGGAAGGAAGAAGGUGUACCGCCGUAAGGGAGAGCGUUUUGCACAAUGCUGCUUUUGGCGGUGGCUCAUGGACUACCUGGGGCGGUAUAUCCGCGAGCGGCAAAACUCAACUUGACGUUGUUACAGGACCACGGCUUCCAACAUUAAAUGCUGAAAGGUACAUUCGUCAGUGCUUAGAACCUCACGUGAUACCAUACGCGGACUAUGUGGGCCCAAAUUUCCUUUUUAUGCAUGAUAGUGCAAGAGCCUAUGCGGCCGGCAUCGUCGGGGAACAUCUUCGGGAUGUGAACAUCACAGUUAUGGACUGGCCAGCCAGAAGCCCAGACAUGAACCCCAUUGAGCACAUAUGGGACGAACUAAAAGGGCGUUUUAGGGCUCUUCAGCCAGUUGCCCAGACGAUGCAGGAGUUGAAAACUGCCAUAAAAGAGGAAUGGGAGAUGAUCCCUCAAAAUUUCAUAGAGCGGUUGAUAAACUCUAUACCUAAUCGUAUGAGAGCUGUGGUAGAUGCCUAUGGAGGCAACACGCGUUAUUAAAUUAAACCUAUAGUGAUAACUAUAAGACAUGUUUUUUAUUCAAAAAUCAAUUGCCUGUAACAAGGUGCAUAUUCGAUUUGUUAGGCGUAGCUCCAUGGCGUAUGGUAUUCUGAAUUCAAAUUUAAAACAAUACGAUCAAAAAAGAUGGUAAAAUGUAUCAGGUUUAAAACUGCAUCAACAGUUUUGGUUCAAUCUAGCAAUCAUAUUUCGGUAGGGGCCGUCGAAACCUAAACUCUAAGGUGUGCCAAUAGAUGUGUCCAGAAGUAUAUAAAAAACGGUUUGUAAAGAGACGUAGCACAUUCCGAUAAAUAUAAAACUGUAACACAGAAUGGCGAUGAAUUCAAUCGAUGGGUGUAGUCGAUAAGUCUGCUUGUAUAUUAAUUACAUUUUAUAAUAAAAAAUAUAACUAAGUUAUAAGUAUUUAUAUGCGUAAAUGUAUAGA